UUAAUCGAGUUACAGAAGAUUGUCAUUGUCUACGGUCAUCUCCGGUUCAAACUCCAAAUCGGGUCAUAUUGAUUUGUUUAGGUGUAAAACAUAUUUGUAAAUAUAUAUAUAUAUAUGAAUUUGUGCUGCAUAGGAAACAGAGGGAGAGGAGAUGUUGAAUCCGGUGAGCAUGGAUGGGUUGGCAUGGAGAGGAUUAGCGUACACUUUUUUUAUACUCCAUUUCGUGUUCGCUUGUCAGCUUCUCCUCCUGCAACCUCUUGUCUCUGCUUCAGAUGCCAAACCAGGGAAUGCUGCUGAGCUGUUUGAGAGGGUUUCCAAAAGUGUAAAGGUGAAGCAUUUUAGUGAAGCGCUCGAUGAUCUUAAUGCUGCUAUUGAAGCAGAUCCGACUCUUUCAGAAGCAUAUUUCCGUCGGGCAACCAUUCUCCGUCAAUUAUGCAGAUAUGAGGAAUCGGAGAAGAAUUAUAAAAAGUUUCUUGAGCUGAAACCUGGAGAUUCGAUUGCGGAAAAGGAACUUUCUCAAUUGGUUCAGGCGCAGAAUGCUCUUCAGACAGCUUCUACUCUCUUUGACUCAGGCGACCAUACAAAAUCCCUGGAAUAUAUAGACAAAGUAGUACUUGUUUUCUCUCCGGCAUGCUCAAAGGCCAAAUUCCUCAAAGUGAAGUUGUUGCUAGCUGCUAAAGACUAUUCCAGCGCCGUCUCUGAAACUGGAUAUAUUCUCAAGGAAGAUGAGAAUAAUCUAGAGGCAUUACUACUUCGUGGUCGGGCCUACUAUUAUUUAGCAGAUCAUGAUGUUGCGCUGAGGCAUUUCCAGAAAGGUCUUCGCCUAGAUCCAGAGCAUAGUGAAUUGAAGAAAGCAUAUUUUGGUUUGAAGAAUUUACUGAAGAAGACUAAAACUGCAGAAGAUAAUGCAAAUAAGGGGAAAUUGCGCCUGGCAGUUGAGGACUAUAAGGGAGCUCUAACAAUGGACCCUGAACAUCUUGCACAUAAUGUACAUCUUCAUCUUGGCUUGUGUAAGGUCUUGGUCACGCUUGGCAGGGGAAAAGAUGCUCUUGCUAGUUGCACUGAAGCUCUUAACAUUGAUGGUGAGCUUCUUGAAGCUCUAGUUCAGAGGGGUGAGGCUAAACUUUUGACAGAGGAUUGGGAAGGAGCUGUGGCAGAUCUGCAUGAAGCAGCCCAAAAGUCACCCCAGGACAAGAAUAUCCGGGAAGCUUUGGUGAGGGCUGAGAAGGCUUUGAAGAUGAGCAAACGCAAGGACUGGUACAAGAUUCUUGGAGUUUCAAAAACGUCAUCUAUAUCUGAUAUCAAGCGAGCAUACAAGAAACUUGCACUUCAGUGGCAUCCAGAUAAGAAUGUUGACAAUAGAGAAGAAGCCGAGGCCAAAUUCCGAGAGAUUGCUGCUGCUUAUGAGGUUCUUGGAGAUGAAGAAAAGCGUACAAGAUAUGAUAGAGGGGAAGACAUUGAAGACAUGGGAAUGGGUGGAGGUGGUGGUGGAUUUAACCCCUUUGGUGGAGGAGGCGGACAACAGUACACAUUCCAUUUCGAAGGAGGCUUUCCUGGCGGGUUUGGUGGAGGCUUUCCUGGAGGAGGAGGAGGAGGAUUUAAUUUCCAAUUUUGAUGUAUUGAAUCAUGGGAAUUAUUUUUUUUCUGAGUACAUUGCUACAGAUAUACAAGUUUAGUUUUCCCCUAA